AUGUCCCAACCCACCACACCCAGCACAAUCCGCGUCGCCGUCGCCGUCUACGUCUUUAACAAACACGGCCAGACCAUCCUCGGCCUACGCCAGGGAAGUCUGGGCGCGGGAACAUGGGGCCACCCCGGCGGCCACCUCGAACUCAACGAAACCUUUGAAGCAUGCGCAGCGCGCGAAGUCCUCGAAGAAACUGGCCUCCAAGUAACCGAUAUUCGGUUCCUGACUGCUAUAAAUAAUAUUAUGCUUGAAGAGGGGAAACACUACGUUACUGUUUUUGUGGGGUGUAGGCUUGUGGAUGAGGAUGCGGUGCCGAAGGUCAUGGAGCCGGAGAAAUGCGUAAAGUGGGAAUGGGUUUCUUGGAAUGAGAUGAAAUUGACGGUGGAGAGGCAAGCGGAGGCGGAACGGUUGGGGAGGAUGGAGAGGUAUGAGGGGAGAGUGUUGUUUAAGCCGAUCUUGAAGUUGUUUGAGCAGAGGAGGGGGUUUAAUCCGUUGGAGGCUUAUGGGCCAUAUUGA